AUGGCUGCUGGAAGGUUACUGCUGUAUGCUGGCCUCUCUUUAGCUCUGUGUGCCCUGGGCAUGCUGGCUGUGGCAAUCUGCUCUGACCAUUGGUACGAAACUGAUGCCAGGAAGCACAGAGAGAGGUGCAAGAGCAUCACCACUAAGAGAAAUGAUCCUGGCUUCAUUUAUAACUCCAACAACAACCUGCCUCUCAGGGCCAGCAGGUCUAGGUUGGACCGCUGGGAAGGGAAACUCCUCUUGGCAAGAAACAGGAGGCAGAUCUUUGCUAUGAGCGCAGUUGACGAGUGCAACAGACAGUACAACUCGACCAACAUGGGGCUCUGGAGGAAAUGCCACCGACAAGGAUUCGACCAAGAGCUGGAGGAGCUGAUUGCCAAAG